AUGUUCAACUCAAUGACUCCACCCCAAGUCAAUAGCUAUGGAGAGCCAUGCUGUCUCCGAUCCCUCCCCAGCCAAGGGGUCCCCAGCAUGGGGACAGAAGGAUUUUCUGGUUUGCCCUUUUGCCACCAAGCCAACUUUAUGUCAGGGCCCCAGGGUUAUGGGUCUGCCAGAGAUACCAGCGGCUGUACUGAGGGGCCACUCUUUCCUCCUUCCCGGAGUUCAGUCAAACUGACAAAGAAGCGGGCACUCUCCAUCUCGCCUCUGUCUGAUGCCAGCCUGGAUCUACAAACAGUUAUCCGUACCUCGCCCAGCUCCCUUGUGGCAUUCAUCAACUCACGCUGCACAUCUCCGGGAGGUUCCUAUGGCCACCUCUCCAUUGGCACCAUGAGCCCAUCUCUAGGAUUCCCACCCCAGAUGAGCCACCAAAAAGGGACUUCGCCUUCCUAUGGUGUCCAGCCCUGUGUUCCACAUGAUUCCACUCGGGGUGCAAUGAUGCUGCGGCCUCAGUCCCGGGGACCACGUCCGACCUGCCAGCUGAAGUCAGAGCUGGACAUGCUGGUGGGCAAGUGCCCAGAGGAGCCUCUGGAAGGUGACACGUCUAGCCCCAACUCCACGGGCACACAGGAUCCCCUGCUAGGGAUGCUGGAUGGGCGGGAGGACCUGGAGGAGAAACCUGAGCCUGAGUCCGUGUAUGAGACUGACUGCCGCUGGGAUGGCUGCAGCCAGGAGUUUGACUCCCAGGAGCAGCUGGUGCACCAUAUCAACAGCGAGCACAUCCAUGGGGAGCGGAAGGAGUUCGUGUGCCACUGGGGGGCUGCUCCAGGGAGCUGAGGGCCUUUCAAAGCCCAGUACAUGCUGGUGGUGCACAUGCGCAGACACACGGCGAAGAAGCCGCACAAAUGCACGUUUGAAGGGUGUCGGAAGUCGUACUCACGUCUUGAAAACCUGAAGACUCAUCUUCGGUCGCACACGGGUGAGAAGCCUUACAUGUGUGAACAUGAAGGCUGCAGCAAGGCCUUCAGCAACGCCAGCGACCGCGCCAAGCACCAGAAUCGGACGCACUCCAAUGAGAAGCCAUAUGUGUGCAAGCUCCCUGGCUGCACCAAACGCUAUACAGAUCCCAGCUCACUCCGCAAACACGUCAAGACAGUGCAUGGUCCUGAUGCCCACGUGACCAAGCGGCAUCGAGGGGACGGCCCCUUGCCACGGGCACCGUCCCUUUCCACAGUGGAACCCAAGCGGGAAAGGGAAGGAGGACCCAUAAGGGAAGAGAGCAGACUGACUGUGCCCGAGGGUGCCAUGAAACCACAGCAGAGCCCUGGAGCACAGUCCUCCUGCAGCAGUGACCACUCCCCAGCAGGCAGCGCAGCCAAUACUGACAGCGGUGUGGAAAUGACCGGCACCGCGGGGGGCAGCACUGAGGACCUUUCCAGCCUGGAUGAAGGGCCUUCUGUUGCCGGCACUGGACUGUCCACGCUUCACCGCCUGGAGAACCUCAGGCUGGAUCAGCUGCAUCAGCUCCGGCCAAUAGGGUCCCGGGGUCUCAAACUGCCCAGCUUAACCCAUGCUGGCACACCCGCGUCUUGCCGGCUGGGCCCCCCAGGCUCCCUUGACCACCGCAGCAGCAGCUCCAGCAGCGUCAGCUCUGCCUACACAGUCAGCCGCCGCUCCUCCCUGGCCUCCCCUUUCCCUCCAGGAUCUCCACCGGAGAAUGGCGUGUCGUCCCUUCCUGGCCUCACACCUGCCCAGCACUACAUGCUCCGUGCAAGAUACGCGUCAGCCAGAGGGAGUGGCACCCCACCCACUGCAGCACACAGCCUGGAUCGGAUGGGGGGUCUUCCUGGACCUCCUUGGAGAAGCCGAACUGAGUACCCAGGAUACAACCCCAAUGCAGGGGUCACCCGGAGGGCCAGUGACCCAGCCCGGGCUGCUGACCAUCCUGCUCCAGCCAGAGUCCAGCGGUUCAAGAGCUUGGGCUGUGUCCACACGCCCCCUAGUGUAACAACUGGGCGCAACUUCGAUCCCCACCUCCCUACCUCUGUGUAUUCACCACAGCCCCCCAGCAUCACUGAAAAUGUUGCUAUGGAUACCAGAGGUCUACAGGAGGAGCCAGAGGUUGGAACUUCCAUGAUGGGCAAUGGUCUGAAUCCAUACAUGGACUUUUCAUCUGCAGAUACUCUGGGAUAUGGGGGACCUGAGGGAACGGCGGCUGAGCCCUACGGAGCUAGGGGCCCAGGUCCACUGACCAACAUAUGGCCCUAGCCACUGUCCUCCGCAGGUCUCUAUCCUGACCCCACCCCAGAAUCAUGGACUGAGUUUCCUUCCCAUUCUGGAAUGUGCCCUGGCACUAAGGCUCCAAACGAAGCCUAUAGCCAGUGUCCUCGACUUGAACAUUAUGGACAAGUGCAGGUAAAACCAGAACAAGGGUGCCCGGUGGGGUCUAACUCCCCUGGACUGGCACCCUGCCUCAAUGCCCACCCCAGUGAGGGGUCCCCAGGUCCACAACCUCCAUUUUCCCAUUAUCCUCAGCCUCCUCCUCCCCAGUAUCCCCAGUCGGCUCCCUAUCCUCGGUCUCCCCAUGAUUACCUUCCAUCAGAACACAGGCCUGGCCUCUAUUCUGACUCCCUCUCUCACCCCACGGGACAGCUCAAAGCUCAGCUUGUGUGUGAUUACGUUCAGUCGCAGCAGGGAUUGCUGUGGGAGGACAAGGGCCGGGGAGUGCUCCCCACCCAGGAACUUCCAUAUCAGAGCCCUGCCAAAGGGCCAGCAGCUAUGUAUGGAUCAGGCUUUGCACCUACCCUGGCCAAUCACAAGCCAGGCUCCUUUCCUACCCCCUCGCCAUGCAAUGAGACUUUCGGGGUCGGGGUAAACAGGCCUUCCCAUAGGCCAGCAGCAGCACCGCCCCGGCUUCUACCCCCACUGCCCUCUUGCUAUGGACCCCUCAAGGUGGGGGGCACCAACCCCAGCUGUGGCCAUCCUGAAGUGGGCAGGUUGGGAGCAGGUCCUGCCUUGUACCCUCCCCCUGAAGGACAGGUGUCCAACCCUCUGGACUCUCUUGACCUGGACAGCACUCAGCUGGACUUUGUAGCUAUUCUGGAUGAGGCCCAGGGGCUGAGUCCUCCUCCUUCCCAUGAGCAAGGGGACAGCUCUAAAAAUACCCCAUCUCCCUCUGGGCCUCCCAACAUGGCAGUGGGUAACAUGAGUGUGUUAACUGGGGUCUCUCCUGGAGAGACGCAAUUCCUCAACUCCAGUGCCUAG